AUGAAACUUGAGGUUACAGUAAAACUUCACGAGAGGUACUUGCUGGCGUGCAGUGCAGUCAGCGAUCCAGAAAAUGUUAAACAUAUCGGUUGGUACCGCUGCUCUAGAAUUGAUUGUGAACAACACUGGGACGAGUUCCUGAUAGCGCAUGUUCAAAAUAUGACAGAGACAAUUCCCAAUAACCCAAAUUUUGAGGUUUACACCAACGGCACCUUAGUUAUCAAGAAGGUACUACCUGAGGAUGAUGGAAAAAUGUUUAUCUGCGUUGCCAAAGAGAGGCACAUAGGGAGAAAAAUGUCCAGGACGAUCCUCCAUGUAGACGAAGGCCAGCCGGUGAGGACAACUACAGGAUUAGAUAUCCAAACUCUAUCAUCUUCACCAACAUCAGCCUUAGAUAUCCAAACUCCAUCAUCUUCGCUAACAUCAGAUAUCCAAACUCCAUCAUCUCCACCAACAUCAGAUAUCCCAACUCUAUCAUCUUCACUAACACCAGGUGGAAGACAAUACAAAAAGGUCGUUGGGACACAGUUAAGAAUAGCCACGACUGCUUAAUAGAGCUGAACGCUCUGUAGAGGUGAAAAUUACAAUAAUGAAGGGGUAACGAUUUCGGGACUUUGACAACUUACCACUUUAUGCAGGGUGAUAAGGAGAAUGAAGCCCAGUUUAAAGAGAGAUUGGGUCUGAAAAAUAUUUGACGCUAAAUAAAUGAAGAAACGGAGAAAUAGAACCUGUGAUAAGCGGUCACCCACAGGGAAUGGUAA